AUCGACAACAUGUCGCCCACUCGAUCGCUCAAUGUUGACUUCACCAGCUGGACGAACAAGCACCUGGCAGUCACUGAGGGGCCCUCCGGUGCUGCAACGCUGGUCUACGCCGCCGACCUCAACUGCCGCAAGCCCCAUAUGAUCUUCCAGGCCACCGGCAGCGCCAGACUGCCGGCCACCGUCAACUUCCACGCCUUCUCGCGCUCCAUUGAUGUCACCGUCAACGGCCAUCAGAUCGCUUUCAAGCCGCAUGGCCUGUUCAAGUACGAGGCCGCCUUCGAGUCGCCCGCCCUCGGGGGUCCGGUGCUGACCUGGUCCAAUCCCAAAUAUAUGAACCCCGCCUACCUGGAGUGUCGGGAUGCGCAUGGGGUGGUCCUUGCACGAUUCAUCCCCCAUCGCGGCUGGACCAUGACCAAGGCCGGCUGUCUGGAGAUCGAUCCACAGGUACCCUCGGGUCCGGUUACCGACGAAGUGGUGGUGACGGGGCUGGCGCUGGCCUACUAUAUAAUCAUUCAGAAUACGGCGGCGACGGGUGCGUCGUGAUCAUCUACUAUGAUGCUCUGUCUGAGAUGGAGCGAUGUGUUAGUUUCUGGGCUUGUGCUUGGUGUUUAAUAUUUGAUUCUAGUGUAUGAUACCUAUAGUCUUGAUGAAUGGCAACUAUUUAG